GGGUACAAGAUAUUAAAAAUUCAUGAAGUAUGGCAUUUCCGGGAAGAAGACAGACGGGUGGGGCUGUUUGCUGACUACGUGAACACAAAGUCUGUAAUUAACAAACACCCUUUUGAAAAAACAGCAAACCCCCGUGUAAAAAAAUAAGAGGAAAAUGUAUGGAAAAGUAGCAGACAAAGUCUGCUUAGUAACUACCUUAAAAUGCAGACAAAGUCUGCAUAUCAACAUCUCUCAUUCAUUUGUUUGUUUAUUUUGUUUUGCUAGCUUUUGGGGGAAAUUUGGUGAGAGGAACAACAAGCCCCAAACCCACGUGAUUCAGAGUGCCCACCAGUUGUACUGUCUUCUCAACACCGCUUGUACCACAUCAGUACCGUCCGGAUUUGCACCGAAGAUGUCAUGGAAGUAGUAACCACUCGAGCAGAGGAAGAAGUAGAGCAAAAUGUGAAGACGAAUAUAUUUAUAGCUAUCUACACCACGGCUCAUGCGCGUUAAAAAUUGUAUUCAGCCUAAGAAACCUUGCAAGAAAGAGUGUUAUAUUAUGACACUGAUUCAGUGAUUUACAAAUGGCGCCCCGGGCAGGUAGAAAUUCCCCUGGGUGUUUUUUUGGGAGAUUUUACUGACGAAGCAGAAGGGGACCCUAUUAUUAAAUCUGCGAGUGGAGGGGCUAAAAAUUAUGGUUAUGAAACCAGGGGAGGGAAAGUAGAAUGUAAAGUGAGAGGGUUUUCAUUGAAUUAUAGAAAUAAAUUG